AUGGCGCGCGCCGCUGCCCGUGCGGACGCUCGCGAGCUUGACAACAGUGACAUGGACUCUGUUUUUGGGCCUGCUCAUAGCGGCGUCGUCAGACUACGGCCAAUUCGCAAGGCCAAGGCAACCUGGAAGCCGCUGGAUCUCUCUGAUAUUGACAGUGACAACUACUACGCCAAGCCAGAGGGCCUGGCUAAGACCAUCGAUUUUCCGCGUCGCGCUGAGCAAGCACUGGCUGACGAGACGGAUAUCACCGCCCUGACCAGCGACAGUGUCUCCUCCCGACGCGAUUCAGCCGCCUCACUGGUCAGACCCAUUUCACACCACUCACAAUACGAGUUCACCCCGCAGGCUCGAAAUCGAACCCCUUCAAAGGCAUUCAACCAAACUGCUCGUGCCGAUCCUGCAAACCCUGCUCACACUUCGACCCUAUCCGAACCCGCCCAAAAUCAGAGUGACGACUCUCCCGCAAAGCCCUAUCCAGACGAUAUCAUUGCAGUGUUCGGACCGAACCUACCUAAGCCGGGAUUCCUCGACCAGACCGAAGGUGAAAGGGAGGGGGAAGUCCGCUUCGUUCACCAUCCCAACGACGACGUCUCCGCUCAUCAGUGGUCGUCCACUGAGUUCCGCUGGGUCAACCUUGGGCAGUUUUCCUACGAACGGAAGAGGAUUGAAGGCACACUGGCCAAGGACAGACUGAGAGGACAGACGGCCGAGAUGAGCUUGCAUCAACACUCGCUGGCAUACUUCCGCGCCGUUGGCAAGCAGCGUGAAGGAUCUGAUCUCCGGCAGGGGAUGCCUCAGCUUCCAUCGUUCACUGGAAUAGAUUACAACAAGAAAAAUCGGCCCCCUCUGCAUACGACCAUAUUUGGUGAUAGUAGCGGUCGCUACGCUUCGCUGUCGACCGUCAACCCGACCCAAGAGACGAACCUGCCUACACUUGGAAACCUGGGGCUUUCUCGCGGCCCCGCUGCUGCCAACCAACAGCCGCCCCAUUUUCCGCAGCCCUUCACCAACCCUCAAGACGAUCCAUUCGUCUCCAGCCCUCCCGCUCAUCUGCCCAACAAUUCAGGACCGUAUUCUGCCAUCAAUGACCACGCUCAGCUAAGGCCGGUGCAGGGGAUGAACUUCGGUUUCCAGUUCCCGUCUCAGCCCGAGGCAAGUGGGCAGCCGGAUAUGGGGUCCAAUAGCAUCUUUGAGGCUUCUGACCGCCGCCGUCAGAUGUUUGCCGAGCAAGAACGUAACCGUAUCCAACAAGACUUGUGGCCGGAGAAUCGCCAGAAGAAUCUUCGCGGCAUUGAUGUCGGGGAGGAAGCAGCCAACUCUCUACGCACCUUACGCGGUUCGGCACCCGAAUUCGCGUUUCCUGCCAAAACACAGCCGGCAGAUCAAGCCCCGCUGCAACAGAUUGGGAACUUACGCUCAACUCGUGCGUCGAUCAAGGAGCAAGUUAGCCGACUGAGCGAUUCGGCGGCAGCUCGAACAGUUGGCGGCAGCUUGCCCAGAACCGUUCUCCACGAUCCUCAGGCUGGACCAUCAACUCAAACUUACUACCCGCCUGCAGAGCCCUUGCCACGUCCGACUGGCAGUGCUUUCCCCCCGCACACGCUUCCGAGUGUCCUUACCAAUGCUGCAGCUUACCAAGCUAACCAGGCGUAUCACAUUCCUCCACAGCACCACGGCUUUCUACAGCCGCAGCCCCAAGAGCAACUGCCAUCCUCUUCCGGCUCAGCAGCCAUCGGCCGUGACCCUAUCCAAGCACGCCAGGCUCUCCAAUACAACAGCGACUCCAUCGGCAACUACCAGAACGGCGAGCACGACAUCAUCACCUUCACCUCGCCCUCCAACCUCAGCUGGGACCAACUGAAAGCCCUAAAACCAACGCCCCAGAACUUCAAAGGUCCCUUCUUCCAAGACACGAUACCAACAGCUUCAGACCUAACCCAACCCCUCGCAACCCACAAAGACUUCGACACCGAGCUCCACGACUGGUGGACCAACACCAAGCUCAAAGAGCGCCACAAGGAAGCUUAUGAGGCUUACACGUGCGUCUCUUCUUCGCCCGUCAGCAUGCGCAACGUCCGCGGCAGAGGCCAAGGCGUACCUCACCCCGGAGCGAUCGGCAGCGGGCGGCCGUCGGCGCUGAACACCGACACCGGCCCAGGCAUAACGCGUCUCCUGAUUCCGAUCUUCGAGAAUCUGUCGAGCUACGUUCAAGGGCCGGAGGAGACGCGGCAUGACUUCUGGGCACGAUACGCGAAACCGAAGGCGGAGUGGGUGGAUGAGAACCCGGAUAGGGCGAGGAGUUUCUUUGGGAAGACCGAGACUUCUCCCGUGGUCGACAGAGGUCGCAGGGAUAGUGUGUUCAAACCUACCGCGGGUGGGGCGCCGCAGACGUUGUUUGAGCGCUUGGGCGGUCGUGGACUGGAAGGUCUUGGUGCUGCUCGUGGGGGUGCUGGAAUUGGGUUUGGGAGCUUUGCGAGUGGGGUGUGCUAA